UCAUGUAUUUAAUCUAUAUAAAAAUCUAAAGUUGUCAUAUUUUAGGGUAAGAUUUAUUUGUAAGUGUUUUUAUUCUCUUUAUUUUUUUGAUAGGCAGAUAGAAGAGAGAAAAACAAGAGUUGAUGUUACUUUAGGAUUUUAGAUAAUAGCAAUUUUAUUCAACACUUCGUAAUUUUUUAUUUUUUUUUAUAGUGAAUUUCUCUUAUUGUUUUGUUUACAAAGUUGCCAAACUAUGUAAAUUAUAUUUGUAUUUUUGUGUGAUUAAUUGUGUUUGUCUUUGUAUUUUCUCUACUUGCCAAUUAAUUUUAAAUUUUAGAGCUAUUUUCACUGCAUAACUUUUUAGUUUAUAACAUUUCAAAAGAAAAGAAUAAACAGAGAUUGUGGUCUCAAUAGCUCUGCUCCAAAACACCAGAGAUUGUGGUCUCAAUAGCUCUGCUCCAAAACACCAGAGUCUCUCCACUAUUCUCCGGUGCUCCUGAUUUGCUAAAGCUAUGGCUGAUAAGCCCCAUGCAGUUCUUAUCCCACUUCCAUUUCAAAGCCAUAUAAAAUCUAUGCUAAAACUAGCCAAACUACUUCAUCACAAAGGUUUUCACAUAACCUUUGUCAAUUCUGAAUAUAACCAUAGACGCUUACUUAAAUCUAGAGGUCCUAAUUCCCUCAACGGUUUGCUUGAUUUUCGAUUUGAAAACAUUCCAGAUGGGCUCCCUCAUUCGGAUAUUGAUGCUUCCCAAGAUAUCCUUGCACUUUUUGAGGCUGUCAAGAACAACUUAAUGGCUCCAUUCAGUGACCUACUUAACAAGCUCAAUGAGACAGCCACUUCUAAUGUGCCCCCAGUAACAUGCAUCGUGUCGGAUUCCUUGCCAUUCACUAUCGCAGCUGCUGAAGAGCGAGGAAUACCUAUUGCACUAUUUGAAACUAUCUCUGCUUGUUGCUUCAUGUGCUUCAAACAACUUCGUCCACUCAAAGAAAAAGGUCUUACACCAAUUAAAGGUAUGAAGGUCCACUGUUUAUCACCAUUUCGGGGUUGUUAAUAUCUGGAUUGCAAUUUAGUAACAAACGAUAAAGCUAAAUGUAAUUUUGAAGAGAAUGAUUUCUUCUUGUUUUA